AUGGCCACCCUGCUCCGCAGCAAGCUGUCCAACGUGGCCACGUCCGUAUCCAACAAGUCCCAGGCCAAGGUGAGCGGCAUGUUCGCCAGGAUGGGUUUUCAGGCUGCCACCGACGAGGAGGCGGUGGGCUUCGCGCACUGCGACGACCUCGACUUUGAGCACCGUCAGGGCCUGCAGAUGGACAUCCUGAAAACCGAGGGCGAGCCCUGCGGGGACGAGGGCGCUGAACCGCCCGUCGAAGGAGACAUCCAUUACCAGCGAGGCGGUGGCGCGCCCCUGCCGCCCUCGGGCUCCAAGGACCAGUCCCUGGGAGCUGGUGGCGAGUUCGGGGGCCACGACAAGCCCAAGAUCACGGCGUGGGAGGCGGGCUGGAACGUGACCAACGCUAUCCAGGGCAUGUUCGUGCUGGGCCUGCCCUACGCCAUCCUGCACGGCGGCUACCUGGGAUUGUUCCUCAUCAUCUUCGCCGCCGUGGUGUGCUGCUACACUGGCAAGAUCCUCAUCGCAUGCCUGUACGAGGAGAACGAAGACGGCGAGGUGGUACGCGUGCGGGACUCGUAUGUGGCCAUCGCCAACGCUUGCUGCGCUCCGCGCUUCCCCACGCUGGGCGGCCGCGUAGUGAACGUGGCGCAGAUCAUCGAGCUGGUGAUGACUUGCAUCCUGUACGUGGUGGUGAGCGGCAACCUCAUGUACAACAGCUUCCCAGGGCUGCCCGUGUCGCAGAAGUCCUGGUCCAUCAUCGCCACGGCGGCGCUGCUGCCCUGCGCCUUCCUUAAGAACCUCAAGGCCGUGUCCAGGUUCAGCCUGCUGUGCACUUUGGCCCACUUCGUCAUCAACAUUCUGGUCAUUGCCUACUGCUUAUCAAGGGCGCGCGAUUGGGCCUGGGAGAAGGUCAAGUUCUAUAUCGACGUCAAGAAGUUUCCCAUCUCCAUUGGCAUCAUCGUGUUCAGCUACACGUCGCAGAUCUUCCUGCCUUCGCUGGAGGGCAACAUGCAGCAGCCCAGCGAGUUCCACUGCAUGAUGAACUGGACGCACAUCGCCGCCUGCGUGCUCAAAGGCCUCUUCGCGCUCGUCGCCUACCUCACCUGGGCCGAUGAGACCAAGGAGGUCAUCACGGAUAACCUGCCCGGUUCCAUCCGCGCCGUGGUCAACAUCUUCCUGGUGGCCAAGGCCCUGUUGUCCUACCCGUUGCCCUUCUUCGCUGCUGUCGAGGUGCUGGAGAAGUCGCUCUUCCAGGAAGGCAGCCGCGCCUUCUUUCCCGCCUGCUACGGCGGCGACGGGCGCCUCAAGUCGUGGGGCCUGACGCUGCGCUGCGCGCUGGUCGUCUUCACGCUGCUCAUGGCCAUCUACGUGCCGCACUUCGCGUUGCUUAUGGGCCUCACCGGCAGCCUCACGGGCGCCGGCCUCUGCUUCCUCCUGCCCAGUCUCUUCCACCUGCGCCUGCUCUGGCGCAAGCUGCUGUGGCACCAGGUCUUCUUCGACGUCGCCAUCUUCGUCAUCGGCGGCAUCUGCAGCGUGUCCGGCUUCGUGCACUCGCUGGAGGGCCUCAUUGAGGCCUAUCGAACCAACGCGGAGGACUAG